UAUUUUCUUGAAUAAUAUUCAUAGUAAUAUAAACUCAUCAAUUAUUUUUCACAAGAUUUUCAAUAGGAUGGAUGUAACAAGUGAUGAUUACUCUACAAAGCAAUCUUUGAAUAACAAAGAUGAUCUAUUUCUUCCCACAGGCACAACUAGCACUCAAGAUGCUUUAUACAGAAUUGCAUUUUUGACAGCUAUUGCAAUUUUUCAGCUUCCAUUUGAGAGGAUAAAAGAAGAUUUAGUACCAACUGUGAUAUUCACAAGAAAGCCUCUUCUCUUUCAAGGAUUUGUUGUUUCUCUCAUGUUUGCAUUCUCAGGUUCGAUGGCGUCGGAAUCCAUGAACGAAAAACAGCCAAAGAUGGCAUUAUUAUGUCACAAGCUGGCUAUGUUUGCAGUAGCAGUUGCAGGGGGAGUAUUUGCCUUGUCGAGUCUACUGUCAUAUUACAAUAUUGAGAUGGUGCCUGAUGUUGUGCAAACGCCGAGUUUAUACGAUUGAAUAUAAAAUAUAUGAUCUGCUUGAAUAGUUGUAAGAGUUGUUCGUAUAGACAUAUCAUAAUAUCAUAGUCAGCAACUAAUAACAAAUCCAAAAAAAAAAAAA